AUGAUUCAGAACCAAAGAUCUAAAGUACAGAAUGACGGCAAAACAGGAAAGGACCAAGCUGGCUCUUCCAAGGAGACAUUACCUGUAAAACAAAAACAAAAGGGCGAUGAUUUUCAGAGCAACAUAGUUCUAGGCGAAAGUAGUUUGGCAGAUAAUUCUAAUCGUGCCCUUAGAGACAACAACGUUGAUAGUAGUUCAAAACUUCUGAUGAAAGAUGGGAAAGAUGCAGAUUGCGAGGCACAACAAGGAAUACCAGAGAGUACACUAUUAAGUUCCAAUAAUAUCAUUGACCCCAACAAGUCACCUAGCGAAAAUAAAGAGGAAAGCUAUAAAGAUGUGACUCAGAAUGAAAGACCUCCAGAACAAAAUGGAAGCAAAAAUGAAAAGGAGCAUGAGGGCUCUUUCGAGGAGGAACUACUUGAAAAACAACAACAGGAAGACAUCAACGGUGAAUUUGAUCUCAACAUCGUCACAAGUGAUGAUAGUCUCCCAGACAAUUCUGAUCGCACUUUUAAGGAUAAAAACAUCGAUGGUGGCUCGAAACUUCCAAUAAGAGAUGAAAAGGAUCAAGACUACUAUCGUUUGAAACAAGGAAUACCAAGAAGUAUAAAAUUUCGUUCAAUUAUUGACAUAUACAAGUGUUCGAAUAGGCUCUCAUCACCUGAAGAGGAAUACAAUUGGAAUCGUCUAAGUAUUUCAAAGAACCAGAAAACUGAAGUACACAAUAAAGGCAAAAUGGGAAAGGACCAAGCUGGCUCUUCCAAGGAGACACUACAUGAGGAACAGAAACAAAAAACCAUUCACGGUGAUUUUGAGAGCGACAUAGUCUUUGGUGAAGAUAGCCCGGCGAAUAAUUCUAGCCGUACCAUAAUAGACAAUAAUGAUGAUAAUAGGCACAAACGUUCAACCAAAGACAAAAUAGAUCAAAACAACCAAAUAAAUCAGAGCAUAUCAAAGAGUGCGAUGUUCGAUUCUCUUUUUACUCUGUGCGAGGUGAUACAAAACGAGAGACUAGAAGAACAUAACGGAAGCAAAACAAGAAAGGGCCAACAGGAUUCUUUCGAGGAGGAACUACUUGACCAACAACAACAGAACAUCAACGGUGAUCAGUUUGAGGUCAACAGAGUCACAGGUGAAGAUAGACUCUCCGAUGAUCUUGACUAUAACGUCAAUAGUGGUUCGAAACUUUUGACAAGAGACGAAAAAGAUAAAAAAUAUUAUAUCAAGCAAGGAAUUCCGAGGAGUAUAAAAUUCCGUUCCAUGACUAACCUUUACAAGCAUACUAAUAGGCUCUCACCAGUUGAAGAUGAAUAUAAUUGGAGUCUCCCGAUUGGAGAAAACCCAAAUACGAGUAUUUUCUCGACCAAAGAAGAUUCAACUAUCAAAACCAACAAAAAGAAAGCUGGUUGUAAGAGAAAAUUGAGAGACAAUAAAAAAGGCGACAGAGAAAAGGAUGUUACGACUUGCUCCACCUUCAAGAUUGUAAAAAUAAAAUCUGCCGAGGAAGGUGAGAGAGUAGGAAAUACUGCAGAGACUGUGUCUUCUCCAAACACUAUACGCAGUCACAAGUGA